AUGUACGACGACGGGGAUUUGAAGUUUUACAUUCUGGGACACUCUGAGGAACGCUGGAAAUUAAUUACGGGGGAUUUGGAGCGUGCCCCUGACAUCACUAACACCCAGGCAGAGGUCAAACGGGUUGAAGAUCAGACCGAACAGGAUGCUGCUACUGCGGAGGCGGCAGCAAAUCAAUUCAGGAAAGAUGCUUCCGAUCAAUUCACAAGGAGUUCUACUACUAACUCGCAGGCAAGUGUUCAGGCUACUACCGCUACCGCUCCACCACGGAUCACGGUGGCUAUGGUCCGUGAUGGCAUGUCAGCUUUUGAGGUGUUUCCAGCCUUGAAAAAGGUCAGCGAAUCAACUACUCAUCAAGUCAAAUGCGACAGACUCCGUGCAUGGAUGUUCUAUAUCCACAAAGAGACCAAGCCAUUUGAUUUCGCCAACAAAUCGCGGCAGAAUUUGGGGGAUUACCGUGCGGUGUUCACCGAGGAUCAACAUCCGCCACUUGCCCAAUGCAGCUACAUGUCCAUCGAUGCAGGGAGCUCCUAUGCUUCCGUCAAUGCUUGGUGGAACGCAUACACCCUCAGUACGACCAAAACCGAUGCUGAGACUUUAGAGGCUCUCUAUGAAGUUUUCAUUGCCUCCGAGAAUCGUCGUAUUUUGACAUGA